UUUACAGAUCGCACAAAUAACAAUGAAAAUGUGGAAAUCUGCCGCACUUAUCCACCCAACUAUGAGGCUGAGUCGUUGCCCUCUUACACCAUUGUUUCGGGCUUACCCACCUACGACGAUGCCAUCGAGGAAUUUCGAAAAGCAGGCAUUAUACUCACACCACCUGUGCCGGUCAUAAAAAUAUUCGAGGCCAAAGAAACUAAAGAUUCCGCCUACAAUAUCGAUAACAUUAAUGAAGCCGAUAACAUAUCAGUGGCAUCGGUAAAUACGUGCACUUGUGGUGGUGGACUUAAUAAUACCAACAGCACUUCACAACAAUUUCUGGCGGGACAACCUGCUACACCUGCCGCCAUUAAUACCCAGUUUAUUGAAUUAUCACCCGAACAAUUGGCUGCUUUGUCACAAAAACGUUUGUCACUUCAGAUAGCCUUUCCGCCCGCAAUGCGCCGUAAUUCUAGGCCCCGAGUGGAUAUGCGUAACAAUUUGUUGCGUUCUCGAGCUGUGGGUAAUACUGCCGGUUAUGAAGCGAAUUUUCCUCAAAUACAUCGUUCCUCUUCGGUCUUUUCUUUGGCCAACGAACGUCAAAACAUACAAAUGAUGCAACAAAAUAUGCAGCAUCGUGGUUCCUUAUUUUAGUUUACCGCCUCCUUCUCCUCCCUCUAGCUAAAACAUUAAAUAAAUGUUCCUUUAAUUAUAUUUAAAGGUUUUUUAAAAUUAUUUUUUAAUUAAUUUUAUCAUAAUUUCAUAUUGACCGUUCUAAGUAUUCGUUUAGUUUGUUUGUGUGUGUGUUUUAUUUGUUAUUUAACUAAUUUUUAGGUUAAAUCUUAUUGUAAAUAAUUAUUUUUAGUUUUUAAAGUUCUUUAUAAAAAAUAGAAUAAAAUGUUAUGAAA